CAAACAUCACUGUUCACACAACGGGCCACACUGUGUGCGUUUGGCUCCGCCCUUUGGUGACGCUUUGCCGGUACUUAUUAAGUGCUUAGUCCACAUAAUAAGUCCACACACAAGACGGGCAACGGACAAGAUGGUCGCAGAAGGUCUAGCUCCGCGGAACUACCCGCUGUUUUCAGCAUGGGACUACGUGGUGUUCGCCAUCAUGUUGUGCAUUUCUGCCGGAAUCGGCAUCUUUUACGCCUUCAAGGGCGGCGGGCAGAAGUCGACCAAAGAGUUUCUGCUCGCCGACCGCUCCAUGUCGGUCCCGCCCGUCGCCAUGUCUCUCCUGGCGUCCUUCAUGUCGGCCAUCACGGUUCUAGGGACGCCUGCGGAGGUCUACACGUACGGGACGAUGUUCUGGAUGUUCUGGAUCACCUACAUGAUCAUGGUCAUGGUCUCCGCUCACUUCUAUCUGCCCGUGUUCUUUGAUCUGGGAGUGACCAGUGCGUAUGAGUAUCUUGAGAGGAGGUUCUCUCCCGGCAUCAGACGACUGGGCUCGUUCACCUUCAUAUGUCAGAUGGUGUGUGUGAUGUUGGCGGGGUUUCUCGCUGUGAUUAUCCAGGGAAGCAUCAACGAGGGAGGCUUCAGUGAGAUCUGGCGGAUCGCUGAGAGAGGGCAGAGGGUCGAGUUCUUCAAUUUUGACCCGGACCCCAGAGUACGUCACAGUACGUGGAGCGUGCUGUUUGGUGGACUGUUCACCUGGGUUGCCAUAUUUGGUGUGAACCAGUCUCAGGUACAGAGGUACCUCAGUGUGGAGAAGAAGUCACGUGCUCAAAUCGCCCUGUACCUGAACGGGUUCGGGCUGGUUGUGAUUGUAACGCUGGCCGCCAUGUGCGGACUGGUCAUGUACGCACGGUACGAGAACUGUGACCCCAUCACCGCUGGAUUCAUCCAAACCUCGGACCAGAUGAUGCCGUUUACUGUCAUGGAGAUCCUCAGCUACUUACCAGGCAUUCCAGGCCUUUUCGUGUCCUCUGUCUUCGCCGGCGCUCUCAGUACCAUGUCGUCCGGCCUGAACUCCCUGUCUGCUGUCACACUGGAGGAUUUCGUCAAACCGUACAAGAAGAACCUGACAGAAGCACAGUACACUGUCAUCACCAAGAUUCUCGUGGCGAUCUUUGGCGGCCUGAUGAUGCUGAUGGCCUGGGUGUCGUCCUAUCUUGGAUCUGUUCUACAGGCUGCGCUGAGUAUUUUCGGGAUGAUCGGAGGUCCUCUUCUCGGUCUCUUCACUCUGGGGAUGUUCUUCCCGUGGGCCAACACUAUCGGUGCGUACUCCGGUAUGCUGGUGGGUUUUGUGAUGACUUUCUGGGUUGGGAUCGGAGCGCAGGUGUGGAAGCCCAUCGUGCCCAAACCGCCCGUCUCCAUCGCCGGCUGCGAACGUCUGAACGUCACCAACGUCACCACGUCAGCCGUCUCCAUGGCAACAGAACUGUUCACCGGCACGACGGAGGCUGUGUCAGAUGUCGCCGAAAGACCGGCCCUAGCGGAGUUGUAUAACAUCUCCUAUCUGUACUAUAGUCUGAUAGCAGUACUGUCUGUACUGAUAGUCGGACUGAUCGUCAGCUUCUUAACAGGCGCCCAGGACCCCGCUAAACUCGACCCCAGGCUGAUCUCUCCGUUCUUUGAUAUCGUCUGUUGCUGCUGUCCGGGAGGCUGUCUCAGGAAGCUGCACUGUGGGGUACAGCACGACGACAAGGACGCGUGGGACCAGAGGGACCGAGAGAAGGCUGCAGAAGCAGAGCGGGACGAUAAAGACCGUUUGGAACUCGCCGAACAACAACAAAAUGGCGGCAUAGAAAAUGGCGGUAUAGAAAAUGGCGGCAUGAAACUUCAAAACGAAGUCAAAGUCAGUUAUUCAGUCAACGACGACGAUGCUCUAACAGUUCUGUAGACACGGGACCACGUGUACGUCCAAACGGAGCGUUAAACGGAUUCAACAUCACAUUUUUGUUUGUUUAUAUGUGGUACUGAGUGCAUAAAAUCAGCAUUGUCAUUACUUUGUAAAAAUGGUUACAUGUAUUUUGAAUCGCAAAUACUGUUGAAUCAUCUUGAAAAAUUCCCUAUACAAAAAUAUCGUUUUGUGAAAAUGAUAUUACCUAGAAAUGGCGAAAAGAUGUAAUAUUAAUGCAUCAUUGAUUAAAUAUCAUAUGCAAAAAAUAAGAAGGAAGCAAUCACCAGCUAUCAACGUA